ACAAAACACCUUAUAUAGGGCUCCAGUCAUUCCUCCACCAGUUAAAGGAUGACGCAUGUUGAAAGCAUCACCUAUUAAUAGUGCUCCAGGAGUAGGGUAAGGAGCAGCUGGCAUACUUCUAUUGGGCAUUGUUCUAAUACUUCCCUUAUCAAUUGCAGCUAUAAAUGAAUCAUGCAGCUCAGGUGGAACCUGGGGAGCCACCAGAGGGAAGCAAAGCCGAAGGCUGCUGCAAAGCCGAAGGCUGUAAAAGCGAAAAAGGAAAAGAAGGCUCCGGCUAAGACAAAAGCUGCUGCGCCAAAAGCUAAAGCCGCUGUGAAGCCCAAGCCAGCGGCAAAGUCCAAGCCAGCUGCGAAGCCAAAAGUUGCUGUGAAACCGAAGGCUGCCGUGAAGCUGAAAGCUGCAGUGAAGCUCAAGGCUGUGGCGAAGCCCAAACCAAAGCUGAAGGCGAAGGAUCCUAGCAAGAGGCAAAUGAGCAUGGAGGAGAAGCAUAGAUUGAGUGUUGGGUUGCAGAGUUUGCCCCAGGAAAAGAUGCCACAGUUACUGCAGAUUAUGAAGAAGAGGAAUUCAUAUUGGCCUCAAGAGAGAGGAUUUAGGCAGUGAUGGGAAGGUAUGUGUAGAAAAUAAGCAGAAUAGGUUGAGGUCCGGCGGGCGGCCAAGGCGAGGUUGCCGCCCACCGGUGAAACGAAAAAUACUAAGUGCUUAACCUUGCUCUGAUACCAUGUAGAAAAUUAAUGUAUAAAGAGAAAUAGAGAAUUGUAUUAUUGAUUGAUAUAUAUUAAUUUCUAUUACAAUGAUUCAUGAUUCCUAUAUAUAGAAGAGG